UAGCCCCGUCAUUGUAUCAUUCAUAAAUAAGAUGCGAGGACUGGCCAGGUGACGUCACACUUCUCCAGCCAUAUAAAGGUGCUCCGAUCAGUAGGUUGAGACACUAAAACUCUCCGCCCCAGAGCGACACCACUGCGGAGGAAAGAAGAGAGAAGGAAAAAAAAAACGAGAUCCGACAAAGACUUGGAGCAUGAAAAGAUUUACAUUUGCGGUAUUCCUCUUGGCACUGGGUGUUCUUGUCUGCGAAGGGGGUAACCUAUGUUGCUCAGAGCCAUGUCAGAACAAGGGUGUUUGCACAGCACUUGGAACAGAUAAUUACGAGUGUGACUGCACACGGACAGGCUAUCAUGGGCAAAACUGCACAUCGCCUGAAUUCCUCACUUGGAUCAAAAUAUCAUUGAAGCCAUCGCCCAACACUGUCCAUUAUCUUCUCACUCACUUCAAGGGCUUCUGGAACAUCAUCAACAACAUCUCAUUUCUCAGAGAUGCCAUCAUGAGAUAUGUGCUGACAUCUCGAUCCCACUUGAUUGAUAGUCCUCCAACUUUCAAUGCGGAUUAUGGUUACAAAAGCUGGGAGGCCUAUUCCAACCUUUCCUAUUAUACACGAUCCCUCCCACCGGUGCCAGAGGAUUGCCCAACCCCUAUGGGAGUAGUAGGUAAAAAGGAGCUACCUGAUGCUAAGCUAUUGGCUGAGAAGCUUCUAAUGAGAAGACAGUUUAUUCCGGACCCGCAGGGCACCAGUCUGAUGUUUGCGUUCUUCGCACAGCACUUCACCCACCAGUUCUUCAAAUCUGAUAUGAAGAAAGGACCUGCUUUUACCCUCGCUAAAGGUCAUGGGGUGGACCUCAGCCACAUUUAUGGAGACACGCUAGAGAGGCAACACAAGCUCCGACUCUUCAAGGAUGGCAAGCUUAAACAUCAGAUCCUGGAUGGAGAGGUGUACCCUCCAACAGUAAAGGAAGUGGGCGCUGAAAUGCACUACCCUCCUCAUGUUCCCGACUCUCACCGCUUCGCUGUGGGCCACGAGGCAUUCGGCCUGGUCCCCGGUCUGAUGAUGUACGCCACCAUCUGGCUGCGGGAACACAACCGGGUGUGUGAUGUGUUGAAGGAGGUCCACCCUGACUGGGACGACGAGAGGCUCUUCCAGACCACACGGCUCAUUCUGAUUGGCGAGACCAUCAAGAUUGUGAUCGAGGACUACGUGCAGCACCUGAGCGGCUAUAACUUCAAGCUCAAGUUUGACCCCGAGCUGCUGUUCAACCAGCGCUUCCAGUACCAGAAUCGCAUUGCAUCCGAGUUCAACACCCUGUACCACUGGCACCCUCUGAUGCCUGAUACUUUCCAGAUUGAGGAGAGUGAUUACAACUAUAAACAGUUUGUCUUUAACACCUCCAUAGUGACCGAGCACGGCAUCGGAAACCUUGUGGAGUCGUUUACCAAUCAGAUUGCUGGACGGGUUGCUGGUGGCCGAAAUGUCCCAGGACCUGUCAUGUAUGUGGCCAUCAAGUCCAUUGAAAACAGCAGAAAAAUGCGCUACCAGUCUCUGAACGCCUACAGGAAACGAUUCUCCAUGAAGCCCUACACCUCUUUUGAAGACAUGACAGGAGAGAAAGAAAUGGCCGCACUGCUUGAGGAGUUCUACGGUCACGUUGACGCUGUGGAGCUCUACCCGGGUCUGCUGGUGGAGAAACCAAGAGAAAAUGCCAUCUUUGGAGAGACCAUGGUGGAGAUGGGCGCCCCUUUCUCCCUCAAGGGCUUAUUGGGAAACCCCAUCUGCUCCCCGGAGUACUGGAAGCCGAGCACAUUCGGAGGUAGCAUAGGCUUCGACAUUGUCAACACCGCCUCGCUGCAGAGGCUCGUUUGCAAUAACGUCCGGGGCCCCUGUCCGGUGGCAUCGUUUCAUGUUCCCGACGUGAAAGAAACGGGGUCCAUGAUCAUCAACUCAAGCACAUCCCACAGUGAUAUCAACCCCACAGUCAUUUUGAAAGAAAGGACUACUGAGCUCUAAUUUUUUAUUUUCUAAGGUUAUCUUUUAAUGUAUGUAUUUAUUUAUUUAUGUAUUUAUUGUAUUCUAUUUAUAAAAUAACAUCACACUUUUUAUACACCAUUUUUGACAGCAAAAAUCUGUGGAUGUGUUUAUUUAUUGAAAUAUUAACUGUAUUUUUUUUUUAUUAUAAGUUAUUGUUACAGUAAUGACCUCAGACACUGCGACUUGAUACUUGAAUGUUAGUUUACAAUUUUAAAUGCAUAGUAGCGUACAUUACAUUCCUAAUGUUCUGUUUGGUCAAAUGCUACUCUUCCAUUUAUGUUCAUACAAGUGUACGAUUGUCCCAGGACACUACUUUGAACUUUUUUACAGCGAGAGAGAUACAGUGUGGUAGUAACGUUCACAGUGCACUUAAUAACUGAUGUUGACUCUCUCGAUCAAAUGUUACAUAACGAAGAGUGCAUUACUAUUUUAGUAUUGUCUUGGUAUUUUUUCUACUUUAGUCUGUGUAUUGGCUUAUUGAAAUAAUGUUAAUGACUACGCUACACUGUUGUUUAGAAUUGCAUUCCUAGAGAAAUUGUUUCAUUUAAUUAUACAGGCUUAAAAUGGCCAUGUACUGCAUAUAACCAGGAUGUUAGUUUUGUUCUCAGUGCCUAUUGACUUGCAGGUUGACACUAAUAAAUGCUUCUAGGAAAUGGAGCAAAUUCCUCAGAAAUCAA